GACCAUUAUUCUGAAAAACAGAGAGAAAAGAAAACCAAAAACCAUUUCUUGGCUGGUUUGAAGAAAUUCUAAGGAGAUCCAAGUGAAAGCAAAGCCAAAGAAGUAGAUUAAGCUUAGUUCUAGCCUUUUUAUGAUAUUUCUUGGGGUUUCCAAGUGGUUUGAGGUUUAGAAAAGCUUGAAGAGAUUGUUUUCGCCGAAAAGUUGCUCGAUAUAUAAUAACACAGAUGGAUCAUGAACAUGGUAUGGGGGCUACUGAAGGCUCUUGCAGCAAUAAAUAUGAACAAGAAAUGGCUCAACUUCGAGCGGUGGUGAAUAGACAGGCUGAACAAAUUGAGAAGUUGUUAGCAGAACAACGACAAAGGCAAGCACCAACACCACCUACUGAAACUCCAACACCUCCACAAGCUCCACCUGCAGUGCACCCCAUGGAACCAUUAUAUGAACGGUUCCGAAAACAACGCCCACCAGUAUUUGAAGGUAGCACUGACCCACUUGACGCACAAGACUGGAAGAGUUCUUUAGAAGACAUCUUUGAGUUCAUGCAACUAAGUGACAGGGAAAAAGUUUCUUGUGCUGCACAUACACUUAAAAAGGAUGCUAAGAUCUGUUGGGAAGUGGUUAAGCAGACUAGAGAAGUGAAUCAGAUGACUUGGGCAGAAUUUGAACUGGUCUUCAAUGAGAAGUUUUAUAAUGAAGCUGUGUUGACUGCCAAAGUAAGUGAGUUCACUAGAUUGCAACAGGGGAAUCUAUCAGUGGCUGAGUACGCCAGGACAUUUGACCGGUUAGCCAAGUUUGCACCAGACUUGGUUAACACUGAAACCAGUAGAGUGAAUCGCUUCCUGGAGGGUCUGCAACCAGAAUUGGCUAGAGAUGUGGAUAUGGGACGUACAGGGCCUCUUUCUUAUGCUCAGGCUGUGGAGAAAGCUUUGAGAGCUGAGCACAGAGAAGAAAAGAUAACCAAAGCUAAAGCUGCUACUAGCAUGCCUCGUAGAGACACUCCAUUCAACAAAGAACAAAGCCGCUUUCACAAUGACAACAAAAGAGGGGCCCAGAAUUUCCAAUUUAGACAAGGACAGAAUAAGAAAUUUAAAGGAGGUCAGCAAAACAGGCAACCUGGAUUCCAACAAAUGCCACGAUGUCAAACUUGUGGAAAGAAUCAUUUCGGGGAGUGCAGGCUUCUAACUAAGAGCUGCUUCAAAUGUGGCAAGGGGGAUCAUUUUAUCAAAGAUUGUCCAUUGAUGAAGAACCAACAAAUGAAGGAUGAACCUCAGAGGACAAAUGCUAGGGUGUUCACGAUUACUCAGGCUGAUGCUGAUACCAACAACUCUGUUGUGUCAGGUGAUAUUUUUGCAUCUGGUAUUCUCACUCAUGCAUUAAUAGAUUCAGGUGCCACGCAUUCAUUUGCAUCAUUGACAUAUGUAAAAAGGUUGGGUGGAUCGUGUGAAAAAUUGUCAGAAGUUUUUAGUACAAUGUUACCAUCUGGAGAGAUUCUGUAUUCUACUCAUUGGUUGAGGGGGGUUCCUAUUUGCAUUGAUGGUAGGGAAUUAUAUGCUGAUCUAAUAAUGUUAGAGAUGGCCGAUUAUGAGGUGAUUUUGGGUAUGGAUUGGCUUUCAAAGUAUAAUGCCACUAUUGAUUGUAGAAGGAAAACAGUGAUAUUUAAGCCUUCGGAGGAAGAUGAGUUUAUGUUUACUGGAGCGACAUCGAAAGGUUGCAUUCCAUUAAUUUCUGCUAUGAAGGCCAGGCGACUGUUGGAAAGUGGAUGUGUGGGUUAUCUCGCCAGUGUGGUUGACACGUAUAAGGAGCAAAAGUUAAAACCGGAAGAUGUACCGGUAGUUAGAGAUUUCUUAGAAGUAUUUCCAGAAGAUUUACCGGGAUUGCCUCCAGACAGAGAAAUUGAAUUUGUGAUUGAGCUACUUCCUGGUACAGCCCCUGUGUCCAAGGCACCUUAUAGAAUGGCACCAGCAGAACUAAAGGAAUUAAAGAUACAAUUGCAAGAACUCCUGGAUAAAAAGUUUAUCAGGCCUAGUUUUUCACCAUGGGGAGCUCCGGUGCUAUUUGUGAAGAAAAAGGAUGGGACGAUGCGAAUGUGUAUUGAUUAUAGAGAAUUGAACAAGUUGACAAUCAAGAAUAAGUAUCCACUUCCUAGAAUUGAUGAUCUUUUUGAUCAAUUACAAGGAAGAGGAGUGUUUUCAAAGAUUGAUUUGAGAUCUGGGUAUCAUCAAUUAAAGAUUAGAGAAGAGGAUGUACCAAAGACCGCAUUUCGAACUCGGUAUGGCCAUUAUGAGUUCCUUGUGAUGCCAUUUGGAUUAACUAAUGCUCCAGCUGCAUUCAUGGACUUGAUGAACAGGGUGUUUAAGGACUACCUUGAUAAGUUUGUAAUAGUGUUUAUUGAUGAUAUCUUGGUGUAUUCUCGAUCCCAAGAAGAACAUGAGGAACAUUUGAGGUUGACGUUGGAGAAAUUAAAAGAAAAACAACUCUAUGCCAAAUUUAAGAAAUUCUCAAAAGAUGGUAUUGCGGUGGAUCCAUCAAAGAUUGAAGCUGUUAGUAAGUGGAAUAGACCAACAAAUGUUUCAAAAGUAAGGAGUUUUCUGGGAUUAGCAGGCUAUUACCGAAGAUUUGUUGAAGGAUUUUCCAAGAUAGCAAUGCCAUUGACACAACUCACGAGGAAGAAUCAUAAGUUUGAAUGGACUGAAGCUUGUGAGAAAAGUUUUCAAGAUUUGAAGCAAAGAUUGGUUUCUGCUCCAGUACUUACUAUUCCAUCUGGAUCAGCAAAUGUAGUUACAGACGCACUGAGUAGAAAGUCUCAUGGUAAUGUGUCAUUUUUGAGGAAACUGACAAGACCACUUCAGGAGGACAUGUGCAGAGCGGAGAUUGAGGUGAUCACAGGAAGAUUAUCAGUGAUGACUAUUCAGUCUACCUUGUUAGAGAGAAUCAAACAAGGUCAAUGUGAGGAUCCUUACUUGGUGGAACAAAAAGGUGAAUUGGAAAGUGGGAAGGUCAAUGAGUUUAGUGUGUCAUGUAAUGGGAUGCUAAAGUUCAAGGAAAGAGUUUGUGUCCCUAAUAAUGAGGAGUUGAAGAGAGAAAUCCUUACCGAAGCUCACAAUACCUUGUAUUCAGUACAUCCGGGGACGACCAAGAUGUUUAAUGACUUGAAAAGACACUACUGGUGGCCCAACAUGAGAAAGGAUGUGGUCGAAUUUGUAGCCAAGUGUUUAACCUGUCAACAAGUGAAAGCUGAACAUCAGAAACCUGCUGGUUUACUACAACCAAUACGGAUACCAGAGUGGAAAUGA